AUGCUAUUUUUCAGUCAACUCAAAGUUCAAGCUCAAAAAGGAUAUUGUAGUCAACUCAAUAUUGAAGAUAUACCAUCAACAUCGUCAAUAGGUCAACUCAAAGUUCAAGCUCAAGAAGGAUAUUGUAGUCAACUUAAUAUUGAAGAUGUACCAUCAACAUCUAAGUCGAUAGGGCUAAACACUAAUCAUACCAAUGAGGCUUUGGAACUUGCAAAUUCGAGAGAAAAAAUUAAACUUUUAAAUGAACAAGUAGCUGAACUACUUCAGAUAAAAUCAGCAAUAGAGAAACUUUUUACACCGAGACAAUUAAAACGUUUGCAAAACCCAAAAAUUCGUACCCAAGGAGGUUAUGCUCUAUCAACAUCUGCAGCAAUGAAGAGUAGUUUGCAAUAUUUUUCUUGUAUAAAUCCCUUGAUUGGGCUAAAAAACGGAGAAAAAAUAUUGGCUCUUUUGCCUCCAGUAGGUGCUGAAAGUGACCCAGACAGUAGUAGUGAUGACGAACAAGAAUUCACAGAAGACACAGAUGAUGUUGAAAAAAAAAAUAUAACCUCUUAA